ACCGCNCGGGCCGCGCCCGGACGGCGGCCCAGGUUUCACCAGGAGACACCUAACCCUGGGCCGGGAUCAUCCCCUGCUCGUCAGCCGCCAGGAGCGAGGUUCCAUCCGAGGGAAGGGCUGUGACAGAUGGACAAUAUGUCUAUUACCAACACCCCAACAAGCAACGACGCCUGUCUGAGCAUCGUGCACAGCCUGAUGUGCCACCGGCAGGGCGGGGAGAGCGAGACCUUCGCCAAGCGCGCCAUCGAGAGCCUGGUGAAGAAGCUGAAGGAGAAGAAGGAUGAGCUGGAUUCUCUGAUCACGGCUAUCACCACCAACGGGGCUCACCCCAGCAAGUGUGUCACCAUUCAGAGAACGCUGGACGGCAGGCUGCAGGUGGCCGGCCGCAAGGGCUUCCCCCACGUCAUCUACGCCCGUCUGUGGCGCUGGCCCGACCUGCACAAGAACGAGCUGAAGCACGUCAAGUACUGCCAGUACGCCUUCGACCUGAAAUGCGACAGUGUCUGCGUCAACCCCUACCACUACGAGCGCGUGGUGUCACCCGGCAUCGAUCUCUCGGGGCUGACGCUGCAGAGUUCGGCUCCCUCCAGCAUGCUGGUGAAGGACGAGUACGUGCACGACUACGAGGGGCAGCCGUCGCUGUCGUCGGCCGAGGGCCACUCGGUGCAGACCAUCCAGCACCCGCCCAGCAACCGGGCGUCCUCGGAGCCCUACAGCGCCCCGGCCAUGCUGGCCCCCGCCGAGGCCAGCACCACCAGCACCACCAACUUCCCCAACAUUCCCGUGGCCUCCACAAGUCAACCUCCCAGUAUAUUGACAGGUAGCCAUAGUGAUGGACUCUUACAGAUUGCUUCAGGGCCGGGAGCUCAGCAGAAUGGGUUCACAGCCCAGCCAGCCACUUACCACCACAACAGUACCACCAGCUGGACCGGGAGCCGCACGGCCGCCUACACCCCGACCAUCCCGCACCACCAGAACGGACACCUGCAGCACCACCCGCCCAUGCACCCCGGGCACUACUGGCCAGUCCACAACGAGCUCGCAUUCCAGCCUCCUAUAUCCAACCAUCCCGGUGAGUACAGCCUGAAACGCGGUGGGAGAUGUGUGUCGUGAGGAGCAGAGCAGCCUCGCUGCCGUAAACCGGGGUUCAGACGGGGGUUGUCCCAGCCGGGGUUCAGAUGGGGUUUGUCCCAGCCGGGGUUCAGACGGGGUUUGUCCCAGCCGGGGUUCAGACGGGGUUUGUCCCAGCCGGGGUUCAGACGGGGUUUGUCCCAGCCGGGGUUCAGACGGGGUUUGUCCCAUCCUUUGGGACACCUGGGUUUGGUUCGGGCGCCCCGGCCAGGCCCCAGGGCAGCGCUGUGCCGCCCCCAGAGCCCCCCGGGACCCCCGGCACAGACAGAGCCCUCGGGCCCCCUGUCCUUCCUGUGCCUUCCGUCAACUUGAGAACUUGUCCCUUCUCGCUGGGGCAGCUCUCUCUGCCGCAGCUCAAGGUGGUGGUGUGUGUUCAACAGGUGAUAUUGUGUGUUCAACAGGUGAUAUUGUGUGUUCAACAGGUGAUAUUGUGUGUUUAAAAGGUGGUAUUUUGUGUUUAACAAGUGAUGUUUUGUGUUUAAGAGGUGAUGUUUUGUGUUUAACAGGUGAUGUUUUGUGUUUAAUAGGUGAUAUUUUGUGUUUAAAAGGUGAUGUUUUGUGUUUAAAAGGUGAUGUUUUGUGUUUAACGCUGCUCCCUGCAGAGGAGCAGUGAGACACUCAAAAAGCCAAAAGGUUUAACUUGCCAGCAGUAAAAUGUUGGUAACUGCUGGGCAGAUUUACCUGUAGCUGAAUUUCAGGUGGAAUUGCCACUUUGGCAGUGUUUGACGUUGUUUGGUGUCUCUCAGGGUGUUGAUUUCAGGGCUGUGGCUGCCCCAGCCCUGGCGGUGUCCCCGGCCAGGCUGGAUGAGGUUUGGAGCGGCCUGGGGCAGUGGAGGUGACGCUGCCAUGGCAGGGUCAGGAUGAGAUGAGCCCUCAGCUCCCUCCUAGCCCAGCCCAUUCUGGGAUCCCACGGUUUGGGAACUCCUGGGAAGGUUUUGCUGAUGGGAUGGGAUCCCUGCGGCCAGCCUGGAACCCCAGGACGCAGAGAGAGCGGGGCUGGCGGCAGUCUGGGGCUCCCGGGUGUCCUCGGGGAGCAGCCCUGGCACACAGCCAGCUCUGGUGGCACAGCGGUGACUGGGACCUGCCGGUGCUCUCAGCGCACCUUGGGGCUCAGGGGAUGCUCCAGGGAGAGCUGCUCCCCUGGCAGGGUGGGGAUGGGGCUGCAGGAGACGCCUUUCCUUUGGGGCCAGCUCUCCGCAGGAGCUCCUCUGCUUUCAGAGCACACCCCUGUGCUCUGUCCCGUCCCCGGCGCUCUGCACGGACAGCAUCGCUGGGAGAUCUGGGGUCUGCCUCCCCCGUGCCCUGCUCCCCAGCUCCAGGGGCUGCAGACGUCAGGGGGAUCCCUUCCAGAGGAGGAAAACCCUUCUGGGGAGGAGGAUCCUUCCUGGAGAGCAGGAAAACCCUUCCAGGUGCAGGAUCCUUCCUGGAAAAUGGGAUAACCCUUCCAGGUGCUGGAUCCUUCCUGGAGAGGAGGAGAACCCUUUGAGGUGCAGGAUCCUUCCUGGAAAAGGGGAUAACCCUUCUAAGGUGGAGGGUCCUUCUUCUUGGAAGGGUUUUCCUUCUCUCCAGUAAGGAUCCUGCACCUGGGAAGGGUUAUCCCAUUUUCCAGGAAGGAUCCUCCACCUGGGAAGGGUUAUCCCAUUUUCCAGGAAGGAUCCUGCACCUCCGAAGGGAUUUCCUCCUCUCCAGGAUGGAUCCUGCCCCUGGAAGGGUUAUCCCAUUUUCCAGGAUGGAUCCUGCCCCUGGAAGGGUUAUCCCAUUUUCCAGGAUGGA